UGCUUCAAAACAGCACCCUUGUCUAGCACCAAGGCAAGGAUUACCUCAGAGAAUUACACAAAUUAUAGCCGGCAAUUUCUGCUACACUUAAAGUGAGUUGCUAAAAAUAGAUUUUCGCUGCGGUAUUUACCUUCCAAUUUUACCUUUCAGGCGAUGUGUUUAUUUUUAGAAUACGCGAUGUGUAUGUGUUAAAUGUAAAUAAAAACAACUUGUGAUAUGAACUAUCGUUAUAUUAGACUUGUUCAUGAACACCCCUCACACCCCCACACCCCUAGUAUGACCGUUAUAUCCCCACAAGCGAACAGUGUGUAGACAGUUGUAUUUCUGGUGAGCAGUGGAUCAAUAGUUGGAAGAACCAGCGCGCGUGUGAGGGCGAGUGUGAACUGACGGCGCCUUCCUGCCGACCCGCAGACGAUAUUCAUGGAAUAUCAAGAUGGUGACUAGCAGGCACUGAGCAGACGACAAUGCUAGCAAAGGUCUACGUUGUUUUUACCUACAGAAAGGUCGAAUUAUGACAAUGUAAACAUGGCAGAGAUCUCUCUCAGUAUUGCUAUAGUGUGUUUGGUGCUCGCUCUUGCUACUAUAAAUGUUGAUGCGAUUGGUUGUUUUGUGUGCACGUCAAUCAACCACAACGAACCAGAUUGUGAGGACACAUUCAACAACACUGGCAAGUUUUACCGGGACGACUGCUGGGCCUCUCGUAGAGGGCGGGUUGGAGAGUUCCCCGCUACUCAAUGCAUUAAAAUGGUCGCAGAAGAUGCAAAAAUAAAUUUCACGAUUGUGGUGCGGAGCUGUGUGGUGGAUGAUGGCGGAACCAACUCCGAGACAGAGAUUGGAAGACAGAGCCACUGUGGAUGGAUGAAAGUUAUCCAAUACAACAAUAAAAGAAUGAGAGGCUGUAUACUUAGCUGUGAUAAAGAUGCUUGUAACCAUGGAAACAGAGCCCAGCUUUCUUCCAUCCUAACUCUCAUUGCUGCUGUCAUUUGCUGUUUUCUCCAGGGAAUCUUGUGAAGAUGGUGUGUCUUUUGGUCAGGGGAAUCUUGUGAAGAUGGUGUGUCUUUUGGUCAAAGGAAUCUUGUGAAGAUGGUGUGUCUUUUGGUCAAGGGAAUCUUGUGAAGAUGGUGUGUCUUUUGGUCAAGGGAAUCUUGUGAAGAUGGUGUGUCUUUUGGUCAAGGGAAUCUUGUGAAGAUGGUGUCUUUAGGUCAAGGGAAUCUUGUGAAGAAGGUGUGUCUUUUGGUCAAGGGAAUCUUGUGAAGAUGGUGUGUCCUUUGGUCAGGGGAAUUUUGUGAAGAUGGUGUCUUUUGGUCAGGGGAAUCUUGUGAAGAUGGUGUUUUUGGUAAAGGGAAUCUUGUAGAUUUGGUGUCUAAUUGGGAAUCUUGUGGGCUUAUAUUAUGUUUGUGCAAUAAGAAUAUUUUGGGCUUUUAAAGUUUUUAAAAUCCAUUACAAUUCUGAACAAUGAUGAUUUUUUUUCUGUACUUAUAACCAUAUAACAGUAUCUUAUAACAAUAAUUCAUUAUAUUCAGUUUUCUAAAAAAAAAUGCUUUUUGUGUAUUGCUCCUCAUUUGACCAUUAUCAGUUGAUGAAAAAGCUGUGUAUUAUUAUACUUUGAUGAAACAACCAUUUAUGAUAAUAAUGUUGAUGACACAGCCAUGUUUGGUUAUACUAUUGUUAUACAUCUGUGUAUGAUUACACUGUUGAUAACACAGCUGGUAUAUGGUUAUACUGUUGAUAAUACAGCUGGUAUAUGGUUAUACUGUUGAUAAUACAGCUGGUAUAUGGUUACACUGUUGAUAACACAGCUGGUAUAUGGUUAUACUGUUGAUAAUACAGUCGUGUAUGGUUAUACUGUUGAUAAUACAGCAAGCUUCUACUGUGCUGUGUGUUGUACAUCUUUGGUCUGAGUGCUCUGGUUCACAAACCAACAUGGCUUGGUCACAGUCCAGUUGUUUAUAUUUAUUUAUUCAAAUAUUUGUCUUCUUACUACCAUCUUUAACUGGUUAUUUAAUAAUUUUGUUAAAUUAAUCAAGUUUGUUGUCAUUUAUUCAAAGCACAUGCAUUUAUUAAUGUUGUUAAUUUAUUCAUCUUUAAUAAGUGGACUCACUUGCUUUAUAAUCAGCAAAAUAUUGAUUCACUGUAUAUUUUUUAAUUUACCUAUGUACUGUUACAAAUAUAGCUUUGGGCUAAAAUUGAAUACUAUAAUUUAGUUGUAGACAUGAAAAAUGAAAUAUUUUUUUAAAUUUUGGUAUUUGUGAAUUGUUUAUGAAUAUUUAUAGUAUUGUGAUAUUUAUCUAUGUGAUUCAUGCUAAUAUAUUUGUAACUGCAUUAUUACAAAUAGUUUUCUUAGUAGAAUAUUAAUUUAAAUAUUUUUUUAAAUAUUUCAACAAUAAAUUAAGACCACAAAUUAUUUUCCAGUGUAGAAUUAUAAUGCUAAGUUUUAAAUUACAGCCUUUUUUUUUUCUAACAAUUAUUGUCCUUGAUA